AUGCGACUUUCAGGGCCGACGCUGCUGCUCCUAGCGGUGGCCGGCGUAGUCCUCUUGGUUGGUGACGGCGACGCUGCUGGAUGCGACAAAGCAGCUGUAAAGUCUUUCAACGCUUCUGAGUACCUGGGCGUGUGGUACGAGAUCGCCAGGUUCGGACUGGCUCCCUUCGAGGCAGGCGCCCAGUGUGUCACGGCGGAGUACUCACUGGCUGGAGACAACAACGUGACCGUACACAACAGGAUGUACAACACGUCUGCAGGGGCCUUCAACGACAUCAUCGGCUGGGCCGCGUUUGAUGACCCUAAUUCCGGAGAGGCCAAACUCACGGUGCACUUCCCAGGUGUACCAGAGUUUGGUUUGUUUAUGUUGACAGUGACAGCUCCCUACUGGGUCCUGGACACAGACUACAAGAGCUACGCAAUCGUCUGGGCGUGCAGGGAGCCUGCAAACGAAACCUCCAACAUUACCGAGACCUCAUGGAUCCUGUCACGGAGUGCCCAGCUGACAGAUGAGCUGGAGCAGCAGGUGAAUGGCAAGCUGGAGGCCCUGGGUCUGCCUCGGAGCCGCUACACAGACACCCCACAGGACCCACAACAGUGCACUGUCAGAGUCAGCACGUGCGACAAGCCUGCAGUCUCCCAGUUUAACGCCUCUGAGUACCUGGGCGUGUGGUACGAGAUCGCCAGGUUCGGACUGGCUCCCUUCGAGGCAGGCGCCCAGUGUGUCACGGCGGAGUACUCACUGGCUGGAGAGAACAACGUGACCGUACACAACAGGAUGUACAACACGUCUGCAGGGGCCUUCAACGACAUCACUGGCUGGGCCGAGUUUGAUGACCCCAACUCUGGAGAGGCCAAACUUACAGUGCACUUCCCAAACGUACCAGUGGCAGCUCCGUACUGGGUCUUGGACACAGACUACAAGAGCUACUCAAUUGUCUGGGCCUGCAGGGAACCUACAGAUGAAACUUCCAACAUUACGGAGACCUCAUGGAUCCUGUCACGGAAUUCCGAGCUGACAGCAGAGCAGGAGCAGCAGGUGAAUGACAAGCUGGAGGCCCUGGGUCUGCCUCGGAGCCGCUACACAGACACCCCACAGGACCCACAACAGUGCACUGUCAGAGUCAGCACGUGCGACAAGCCUGCAGUCUCCCAGUUUAACGCCUCUGAGUACCUGGGCGUGUGGUACGAGAUCGCCAGGUUCGGACUGGCUCCCUUCGAGGCAGGCGCCCAGUGUGUCACGGCGGAGUACUCACUGGCUGGAGAGAACAACGUGACCGUACACAACAGGAUGUACAACACGUCUGCAGGGGCCUUCAACGACAUCACUGGCUGGGCCGAGUUUGAUGACCCCAACUCUGGAGAGGCCAAACUUACAGUGCACUUCCCAAACGUACCAGUGGCAGCUCCGUACUGGGUCUUGGACACAGACUACAAGAGCUACUCAAUUGUCUGGGCCUGCAGGGAACCUACAGAUGAAACUUCCAACAUUACGGAGACCUCAUGGAUCCUGUCACGGAAUUCCGAGCUGACAGCAGAGCAGGAGCAGCAGGUGAAUGACAAGCUGGAGGCCCUGGGUCUGCCUCGGAGCCGCUACACAGACACCCCACAGGACCCACAACAGUGCACUGUCAGAGUCAGCACGUGCGACAAGCCUGCAGUCUCCCAGUUUAACGCCUCUGAGUACCUGGGCGUGUGGUACGAGAUCGCCAGGUUCGGACUGGCUCCCUUCGAGGCAGGCGCCCAGUGUGUCACGGCGGAGUACUCACUGGCUGGAGACAACAACGUGACCGUACACAACAGGAUGUACAACACGUCUGCAGGGGCCUUCAACGACAUCACUGGCUGGGCCGAGUUUGAUGACCCCAACUCUGGAGAGGCCAAACUUACAGUGCACUUCCCAAACGUACCAGUGGCAGCUCCGUACUGGGUCUUGGACACAGACUACAAGAGCUACUCAAUUGUCUGGGCCUGCAGGGAACCUACAGAUGAAACUUCCAACAUUACGGAGACCUCAUGGAUCCUGUCACGGAAUUCCGAGCUGACAGCAGAGCAGGAGCAGCAGGUGAAUGACAAGCUGGAGGCCCUGGGUCUGCCUCGGAGCCGCUACACAGACACCCCACAGGACCCACAACAGUGCACUGUCAGAGUCAGCACGUGCGACAAGCCUGCAGUCUCCCAGUUUAACGCCUCUGAGUACCUGGGCGUGUGGUACGAGAUCGCCAGGUUCGGACUGGCUCCCUUCGAGGCAGGCGCCCAGUGUGUCACGGCGGAGUACUCACUGGCUGGAGACAACAACGUGACCGUACACAACAGGAUGUACAACACGUCUGCAGGGGCCUUCAACGACAUCACUGGCUGGGCCGAGUUUGAUGACCCCAACUCUGGAGAGGCCAAACUUACAGUGCACUUCCCAAACGUACCAGUGGCAGCUCCGUACUGGGUCUUGGACACAGACUACAAGAGCUACUCAAUUGUCUGGGCCUGCAGGGAACCUACAGAUGAAACUUCCAACAUUACGGAGACCUCAUGGAUCCUGUCACGGAAUUCCGAGCUGACAGCAGAGCAGGAGCAGCAGGUGAAUGACAAGCUGGAGGCCCUGGGUCUGCCUCGGAGCCGCUACACAGACACCCCACAGGACCCACAACAGUGCACUGUCAGAGUCAGCACGUGCGACAAGCCUGCAGUCUCCCAGUUUAACGCCUCUGAGUACCUGGGCGUGUGGUACGAGAUCGCCAGGUUCGGACUGGCUCCCUUCGAGGCAGGCGCCCAGUGUGUCACGGCGGAAUACUCACUGGCUGGAGACAACAACGUGACCGUACACAACAGGAUGUACAACACGUCUGCGGGGGCCUUCAACGACAUCAUCGGCUGGGCCGAGUUUGAUGACCCCAACUCUGGAGAGGCCAAACUUACAGUGCACUUCCCAGGCGUACCAGAGACCUCAUGGAUCCUAUCAAGGAAUUCCGAGCUGACAGCAGAGCAGGAACAGCAGGUGAAUGACAAGCUGGAGGCCCUGGGUCUGCCUCGGAGCCGCUACACAAACACCCCACAGGACCCACAACAGUGCACUGUCAGAGUCAGUACGUGCGACAAGCCUGCAGUCUCCCAGUUUAACGCCUCUGAGGUAACACUCAACGUAGUAAACUCCAUUUCAACAGCGAACUUGUGA